AUGGUUCGCUAUGUUAAUUUACAUACUGGAUUUAAUCAAGAUAUGAAGAGAUUACUUAAACAAUUGACAAAAACUUUGAUAAUUUUGGUAAUAAUUCCUGUUAUUAAUCAAUUUUUGGCCUUAUUGCUUAUAUUUUUUAUAUACGAAAAUCAAGCAAAUGAUUCACUUAGUAAAAUAAUUGUCUAUAUAUUACUUUCAAGUUUAGCUCAUUUUACACCUGUUUUUAACCCAAUUGUUUGUAUAUUAACUAAUAAGCCAUACAAAGAAGCUGUUUUAAAUCGUUUAAGAAUACAUCCACAAUAA